AUGGAGCUUCGCGGCGAGGUCACGACCCCGCGGUUCACGCAGUACUUCCGGGGCAGCCUGUCGGGUCUGACCAUCCGGCCGGGACGCAUCGAGACCCAGAAGGUCAUCUCCUGUCUGCGCUGCAAGGAGGGACUGGACAUCAACUCCCUGGAAAGCCUGGGCAAGGACAUCAAGUUCCACUUUAACCCAGCCCAGUCUGUGCUGGUGGUGGAGGGGGAGGAGGUGAGCAGCAUCAACACGGCCAUGACCAAGGUCUCCUACAUCAACUCACGCCAGUUCCCCACCCCGGGCCUGAGGAGAGUACACAUCACUACCACCGUGCAGUGUUUUGGUGAGGACUCAUGCCUGUCCAUCCCAGACAUCAAGGCGGUGGUUAUGGUGCUGCCUCCCAGCGAGCCGCGGAUCACCAUCAGGGGCUCCAAUCGACUCGUCAGGCCUGCCUCCGACAUGCACGGCCCGCUGGGGGUGGCCCCCUUCAAGGACCUCCGCAUCACCAGCACCGUGGUCAAGGGGGAGGGCUCGGCGCUCGGGGGAGCCCACAGGCCGGGCGUGAUGGAGGUGAUGCAUAACCUGGACUACUGCGACAUCCUGGUGCUGGGGGAGGAGCUAAACCCCCAGAGAGAGAGCCUGGAGAUCCAGCGGAGCGCGCUGACGGGGAAACACCUGGACGCCACCAACUCCACCUCAGGCAUCUCCAUAUAUGGGGUGGACUCCAUGGCGCACUAUGAGCAGGCGGUGAGACAGGUGCGCUACAGACACUCCCAGCCCUCCACGCUGAGCGGGAGGAGGUUCCGCCUGACGUGCUCCGAGCUCAACGGUCGCUACACCAGCAACAAGUUUAAUAUGGAGGUCGGCGUUCUCCACCACACAGCGCCCGUGGAACACGUCAAUCACAUGGCUGCCCAAUCCCAGUACCUCAGACCGGUGCAUCAUCCCCUCAUGAUUCACACGCUCAACUCGCAGAUGCAAGCAGCGCCCCCGGCCGCCACGGUGGUGAUCGUGUUGUGUAUCGCCGCCCUGGUGGUCAUCGUGGUGCUGGGCAUCUACAGGAUCCACACCACGCAGCAGGAGUCCCGGGACGACGAGGACGAGGGGAAAGACCAGGACGUGGAGUGGGACACCACGUCGCUCACCAUCACCGUCAACCCCAUGGAGAACAUUCAAGGACCCAAGGCAGCGAAGGAGGAGGUGAGAGGAGGGGAGUAUGAAGAGGAGGAAGAGACGGGGGCAGCCACUAGCGCUGAGUCGGAUGACAGUGAGCAGGACGAUGAUGAAGAGGAAGAGGAGGAGGAGGAGGAGGAGGAGGAGGAGGAGAGAGAAGCACAGGCCGAGAGGAAGAGCAGACGCAAGACUGAGUGGGACAGCUCCUCCUCUGUGAGAUAUUGAUCAGGGGAAGGCAUAGCUGAUUUAAAAAGAAAUAAAAAACUAAACAUGCACACACAUACUCACUCGAACCCCUCUAGAGAAAUCUGUUAAAAUCUGUUUGGAGUGCAGGAUGGUGUUUCCUUUUUGUUGUGCAUGUUUUCUAAUGAAACAGUGCACUCUGGUGGGCAAAGGUGGAACUAUGCGUUACACGAGUAAACGUCUUUCAGUUAGGGAAAUCCAUCUAGUCUAAUCUUUAUUGUUAUUUUAUCUCUCAAAUCCAUCUGAAUCAAUGCAAUAGUAAUAGAAAAACUACAAA